GAAAUCACGCAAAACUAGAUUCUUCUACUACCCUUUUGUAUCUAUUUUGAGGCAGACAAAAGUCUAUGCUAAUUCUCGUUGCUUCAUCUCUACUCAAUCGCUCAUUCUCCCUUCUCUUCUCCUACUUUCUCUGCUUUUCUCCUACUUGUUCUGGUUCAUUUCUAGUGCCUAAGAAUCAAAAAGACCAUCAAAAGAUAGUAACUUGAAUAGUGGGUGGUCAUCUCUGGUAGGUUUUGGGUCAGGAUGGCGGAAGAAUGCUGCGCUACCCAACUGAUUGAUGGCAACGGUGUUUUCAAUGUGGUGGGUCUUGACAAUUUCGUUAGGACAACUAAGCUCGCCGAUUGUGGUCUCUCCUAUGCCGUUGUUGCAAUCAUGGGUCCUCAAAGUAGUGGUAAGAGCACCCUAUUGAAUCAUCUUUUUCAUACCAAUUUCAGAGAGAUGGAUGCAUACAGGGGAAGGAGUCAAACAACCAAGGGAAUUUGGAUUGCAAGAUGUAUUGGCAUUGAGCCUUUCACAAUUGCAGUGGAUUUGGAAGGAACUGAUGGGAGGGAAAGGGGUGAGGAUGACACUGCAUUCGAGAAACAAAGUGCCCUCUUUGCUUUGGCAAUUGCGGACGUUGUACUUAUAAACAUGUGGUGCCAUGACAUUGGUAGGGAACAGGCUGCCAACAAACCCCUUCUAAAAACAGUUUUUCAGGUCAUGAUGCAUUUGUUCAGCCCUCGCAAAACAACAUUAAUGUUUGUUAUACGUGAUAAAACAAAGACACCACUUGAACAUCUGGAGCCUAUUCUAAGGGAAGAUAUUCAGAAGAUAUGGGAUGCUGUUGCUAAACCUCGGGCUCAUAAUAGCACUCCUCUCAGCGACUUUUUUAAUGUUAAGAUCAUUGCUUUGUCUAGCUAUGAAGAAAAGGAGGAACAGUUUAAAGAGCAGGUUGCUCAACUGAGGCAGCAAUUCUUCCAUUCUAUUUCUCCAGGAGGACUUGCUGGUGAUAGGCGAGGAGUUGUCCCUGCUUCAGGAUUUUCUUUUAGUGCACAGCAGAUAUGGAAAAUCAUAAAAGAGAAUAAGGAUCUGGAUCUUCCUGCUCACAAGGUAAUGGUUGCCACUGUUCGGUGUGAAGAAAUCGCUGCUGGGAAGCUUAGGAACUUGAGCUCUGAUGAGGGUUGGUUGGCAUUGGUAGAAGCUGUUCAAGUUGGUCCAGUGUCAGGGUUUGGGAAAAAACUCAGCUCCAUUUUGGAAACCUAUCUUUCAGAGUACGACAUGGAAGCAAUCUAUUUUGAUGAAGGUGUAAGAAAUACUAAACGGCAACAGUUGGAAACAAAAGCAUUGGAUUUGGUACACCCUGCUUAUCUCACCAUACUGGGACAUCUACGUUCUAAAACACUUGAAAAUUUUAAGUCUAGGUUGGAACAGUCACUGAACUGUGGAGAAGGAUUUGCUGCUUCUGUUCGUACUUGUGGUCAGUCUUGCAUGCUUGAAUUUGACAAAGGAUGUGCAGAUGCUUCCAUAAGACUGGCUAAAUGGGAUGCUUCAAAAGUGAGGGAGAAGCUUCGCCGUGAUAUUGAGACACAUGCCUCAUCUGUAUGCAAUUUGAAGUUGUCAGAAAUGAUAAAAAAAUAUGAGAAACAACUCGCUGACGCACUUACUGAACCUGUAGAAUCUCUAUUUGAAGCUGGUGGGAGAGACACAUGGGUUUCAAUAAGAGGACUUCUUAAACGUGAGACAGAGGUUGCUGUAUCAGGAUUGUUAGCUGAUUUUGCUAGUUUUGAGUUGGAUAGGUCUACAAUUGACACAAUGGUACAAAAUAUGAGGGAUUAUGCAAGAAAUGUAGUAGAGAGAAAAGCAAGAGAAGAAGCAGGGAAAGUUCUGAUUCGCAUGAAGGAUAGGUUCUCAGCAGUUUUCAAUCACGACAAUGAUUCAAUGCCAAGGGUUUGGACUGGAAAAGAAGACAUAAGAACAAUUACAAAGGAUGCACGCUCUGCGUCUUUGAAACUUCUGUCGGUCAUGGCAGCCAUACGCUUGGAUGAGAAGCCAGACAAAAUUGAGAAUGUACUUUUUUCCUCUCUAAUGGAUGGGUCUGUUGCUGUUUCAUCUUCUCAAGAUAGAAGUGUUGGAGCUACUUCAGAUCCCCUUGCAUCAAGCACAUGGCAACAGGUUUCUCCAAAAGAUACACUAAUUACUCCAGUUCAGUGCAAGUCAUUAUGGAGGCAGUUUAAAACAGAAACUGAGUAUGCAGUUGCUCAAGCAAUUUCAGUUCAGGAGGCUAAUAAACGAAGCAACAACUGGUUACCCCCUGCAUGGGCAAUUGUAGCGAUGAUUGUCCUAGGCUUUAAUGAAUUCAUGCUUCUAUUAAAGAAUCCUCUUUACCUCAUGAUUCUGUUCAUUGUUUUUUUACUUUCAAAGGCCUUAUGGGUACAAAUGGACAUCGCAGGAGAGUUCCGUAAUGGCACUAUACAGUGUCUUAUUUCUUUGUUUUAACAGUUGGCUGGGAUACUUUCCAUUUCUUCAAGGUUCCUUCCUACCCUUAUGAAUCUUCUAAGGCGACUUGCUGAAGAGGCUCAAGGGCAUCCAGCUUCUGAAGCUCCAAGAACACAUUCACUGGUUUCUCACAGUUUCAAGAAUGAAACUCAGCGAAAUCCAAUAUCAAGUGCGAUACCCGAGUCUUCUGUAUCCUCCAAUGUUUCAUCAUCGGAUGAUGGUGUUGAAAUCUCAAGUCCAAACUUGACACACAGGAGAAGUGAAAAAAUUCCGUAGGGAAAAUUUUCUUCAUAGGAACGGAAUUGUAUAAAAUAUGUAUUCAAGCUAGGAAAUUGCUUGGGCAGUGCUUUUCUUUUUUGUCUGCAGAUAGAAAGUUAAUGCGGGGUGAGGGGAAGACUGAGAAGUCUGUACUCUUCGACAGGCUUAGACUGAGAAGUCUGUACUCUUCUACAGGCUUAUGUGAUAAAUAAGUUUCAGUCUCGGCUUGCAUUUAUGUGUAAUUAAGGAAUUCUUUGUGUUAGAAGUAUGGGGCUAUUAAUAAUUUUAAUUUAUAUA